AUGCAAUCUUUAUUUUUCUUAAAUCUCUCUUUUCUACUGAGUGCUUUCUGUGUAUUGGUAAUUGAAUGUCAAGAUUGUAUUAAUCAGCUUUGUACGCUCGGAGAUGAAUCCAUUGCUUUCAAAACUCCAACUUAUCCGGAUCCUUAUGUGAAUGCUGACCCAGUCAAACUCUUAUCAGUUCGCGUGAAUCCGAAUUCGAACUAUGCUUUCGGUGUGCAAUAUUAUCGAUUUGUAACUGAUUAUCAAAAUGAUUACCUAUUUUUCUGUGAUGUUGACGACUUUCGAAAUUGCUCUAGCUCUCCGAAAUACUCGGUCACUGGCACUGCAAUUGACAACUAUUUCCCAGUAGAUUACUAUGAUAAAUCGGAUGUCUUGUAUCUUUUCUUCAGCCCAACCAAGUCAAGCACAGCUUGGCCAGGAAUUCUUGGGAAAGUUACCAGACUUGAUAAAACAACUCAACUGUACAAUAAUUGUUCAAAAGAGGCAAUCGUUGAUCUCGACUCGAUUAGUGGUGGAUUCUAUACGCUGGUUUCUGAUCAUUUCUCUCGGCAAUAUUUCGAUCACACUUUUGAUCUCGGCGCCCAAUUUAACACCUCUUGUAUCACGAAGCUGCAAACAAACAAAGCAACAAAUAUUCGAAUGAUCGUUUACUCGUUUCAAUCAAACCCUCAACAAUUGUUGAACAUGACGGGUAUUCGAGCUAAUGAGUCCUCGGUGACAACCACACUAUUAUCUGGAAUCAAAGAGAUUGGUGACUUUAAAACCUAUUAUUAUCGAAACGAGUUGACCCUUUCUUAUUCAUUCACCUUCGUUGAAGACACCGAUGACGAUCCAUAUGCUGAUUAUUAUUACUACAUUGUUAUCAGUGCUUACAAUGAUACUAACACUCCAGCAUUUGAUCAAUGUCAAAAUGUUGGUGCUUUUGACAUGAGUAAGACGAGCAUAAUUGACUUCUCGGCACAAGAUGUGAAUUCAACUUUUGGUUAUCACAAGAAUUCCAAUUGUAAAUGGGUUUUUGAAAACCCGCCUUUUAACCAUCAACUGAUGAUCAGUUUUUAUCAUUUUGUCACUGAGAAAUGUUGUGAUGUGAUCACGGUUGGAGGAGCCAAUUUGGCGUUUCCAUCACACAGCGGAUCUGACAUUCCUUGGCUAGUUUAUGGGGUAAGUAAUCGCAUGGAAGUUGUCUUCCAAAGUGAUUCCCUGGAAGAGUACACUUAUAUGGUUGGACAAGCAAGAGCCAUCAAUUGCACCUGUCCUCAAUCGUCAAUCACUUUAACCGUCAAUCAAACCGCAAGUAUCUCUUAUGGUUGGGUUGCGAAGUUCCCAUUUUGCUCACCAAUGGCUUGUAACUCAACAAUUACCUUCGACCGAGAUUCUAUUCUACAGUUUGAUGUCCAAUACUCGGCGUCAAUGAGCAGUAAUUUGGUUGUUACGGAUUCCACAAAGGAUAGAUUCAUCACCGGUUCUUUAUCAGAUACAACAAGUCAUGACUGGUUACAAGUUUCAUUCUCGAACUCGCUCGUCACCGAUCUCUACAAAAUGUGGGACAGCACAGGAUACUCAGUCUCUGUAAAAGCACUUCCACUGAAAAUCCAACAAAUUGAUAUCGAUCUAUGCAGCCAAGAGUUUAUUGUUUUGAUGGGAGAAACUCUUACCUAUAAAUAUGAUACAGCUAUUUAUCGACUUGAUGGAUCAAAUUGUACUGGUUCACAAAUCACAAGUACUUUUCUAUCAAUGAGUGAUGGCUACUUGUUGGAUGUCUACGAUGGUGAACUAGCGAAUGGAGCCUUGGCUAUGACAAGCUUUAACGGACCAGCAAAUUUCACGUUUACUUCAAACUUUGCCACCAUUCGACUCAUCAAAACGAAUGAUCUCUAUCGACCGGGAUUCCGAGUUAUUGUUGCGGCAAACCCCCAAAUCUCUGUUUACUCACCUACAAAUGAUUGUUCAAAACAAAAUCUGUUCUCUGUACCACUGAUUGGAAAUGGAAAUGAUAUCAAAAUCUUGUAUCGAGGAACAACUCCAUUCCCUGGAGACUAUUUGGGGCUCUACGGGAUGGAUUUAGUCUUUCCGAGUGCUGCGCUUCCAAUUGAAAUCUAUCAGGGCACAACUCUGGACAACAAUAAUAAGAUUUAUGGUGGCGAUUCACUCUGUGAUCCAAUUACGACAAAAUCUGCGCUGCCGAGUUUCAUUUUUGGAGAAUUUGUCGUGAUUAAACUUGUUUCAAAAGUUGUCGAUCCGUCGGCGAGCGUGUUCUUCCGAUGCCAACAGCAAGUUGAUGCAAAUUUGACUCUGGCGAUGAAUUCUCCUGUUCCCGGGCUUUUGAUAGCUCCCCAAUACACGGAUAUCGAUUACUCGCCAGAUCCACAAACCUAUUCGUUUAUUAUUCAAUAUUUAGAUGUGAAAGAUUUUCAAGGAAUUGCUCUCACAUUUCUGAAUCCCAUUCCUGGCGACUCGAAUCUAACAAUCAGUUACACAGAGAAUGGGAAUUUGACAACACAAAGAUUAAUAAAUGAGAGUACUGUUUGUUACGUGGAGAUUCCUACUUGGGCUGUUUCUUUGAGUUAUCAAUGGUUUUGCAGGACGAGUCCCUUUGAAUUGGUUAACAAUUGUCAAAGGCCUUUGUUGAUUAAAUUUGAACCAAUCUUUUCACCAACAACUCAGCAAAGCAAGGUAGCAAACGACUGGAGACAAAUUUUGCUUCUCGCACUCGUCGUUUCUUAUUUUUCGUGUGAU